CAGGCUUCAGUCAUGAGGAUCCAUUACCUUCUGUUUGCAUUUCUCCUGGUGCUGCUGUCUCCACCUGCAGCUUUUAGCAAAAAAAUCAACAAUCCAGUAAGUUGUUUGAGGAAAGGAGGCAGAUGCUGGAAUCGGUGCAUUGGCAACACUCGUCAGAUUGGCAGUUGUGGAGUUCCUUUCCUCAAAUGCUGCAAGAGAAAAUAGAGAAGACCAAGAUCCCGUUAAACAAAGAAAACACCAGAAUUUGCUCCUCCAUGAAGAUGGACAAAUCUUAAACCAAAUUAAUAUUCCUUGAUUAAAUGCAAACAAGUGCUCCCUAGCA